AUGUAUUUUUCAGGCAUUUCACAGGCCCUCGGUUGCUUGAAGGAUUGCACCUCCGAUUCAUGCAACUAUGUCGUGUCCUACGAGGAUAAUCUGAGCUCUCUGGCCGGAGAGGUGAGCCAGUUGAAGAGCAAAAGUGAAGACGUCAAGCGAGAGGUGGAAGCAACGAUGAGGCAAGGCCUCACGACCCGCAACGAGGUGCUCGGCUGGCUUAGGGCCGUCGAAGGAGUAGCAGGUGAAGCGGAUCAAAUUCGCGCCAAAUACGAGCGAAUGAUCAAGUGUUUUUGCCGCUUUCCCGCCAACAUCUGUACCAGCGUCAAGCUUCGGAGAAGAGCCGAGGCAGCUCUCGCGUCUGCCCGGGAGCUGAAGCAGAGAGACUUGCCGGAGGUGGUCCACCGCCACAAUCUGGUCCGCUUCAUCAGGAUGCAAAAUCAACAAACGGCGGGGGUGGAGAAGGCGUUCGAGGAGCUCCGGCGACACGCGAGAGACGACGGCGUGACCUGCAUCGGGAUCCAUGGGAUGGGCGGCGUCGGCAAGUCCGCACUCUUGAGGGAGUUCAACAAUUACCUGGAGAACGAGCUGGAGUAUCUGGAUAUCAUCAUCUUCCUCGAGUCAUCGACUGAGCAUAAGGUGGAGGAGCUUCACAAGUUUUUGUUCGCCCGACUGAACCUGACAUGGCAAAACGGCGUGAGCCAGAUGGACAGAGCCGCCAACAUAUUCCGUGUCCUGAGCCAUUUAAAAUUCGUGCUGAUAGUCGACAAUUUAUGGGAGCCUUUGGAUUAUCGAGCCGUAGGAAUUCCAUUUCCGGAGCCGGAAUCUAGAUGCAAGAUCAUCGUCGCCUCACGGAUAGAGGACGUCUGCAGCCACAUGAGAAUGGAAAGGAUGAUUAGGAUGGAGCGCAUAGAAGAGGAAGCCGCCUGGGAGCUCUUCAGAUUCAAUGCAAGGCUUGAACCCAACGACGCUGAUGAACGCAUAAUCAGAAUUGCUAAAGUGAUGGCCAGGAAGUGCGGCGGCCUGCCGGCGGCGCUCGUCGUCGUCGCCCAAACGAUGGCCAACAAGAAGACCGUCCAAGAGUGGAUGCACGCCGUCAACCUCAUGAGGGACGCUCCUUUCCAGCUUCCAGGUAUGGAAGAACGCGUUCUGUAUCCUCUUAAGCUGAGCUACGAUCGCCUUCUCACCGACAGGGAUCGACUAUGCGCCUCCUAUUUCUCUCUGGUGCCGGAAGGAUGUCUCGUCGACAACUAUUUCAUCAGGAAGCUAUGGAUCGGAGAAGGGAUCAUAGAUGACUUCAACAAUGUCUGGGAGUCUGCGAACGAGACACACUAUUUGCUCGGAAUGUUGAGUUCAUCCUCUUUGAUACAAAGAAUUGACGGCAAAAGCUAUGCAUCAGAAAAACCAAUUGAAAGUGACAGAUUCAAAAUGCACCCGAUGACUCGAGCCAUGAUUCUGUGGGUGGGAAGGGCGUGCGGGAAGAAGGGAAGCAAAUGGUUGGCGCAUUAUGGAGAUGGACUAGCAGAAGCACCAACAGCUGAGAAAUGGAGGGUCGCAGAGAGAGUCGCGCUUGGUCAGAACAAGAUAAGAGCUCUGCCGGAGGCGCCUCAAGCUCCAGACUUGAUUUACCUUGAUCUUGGAUACAACGAUCUUCUCGUGAAAAUUCCAAAUGGUUUCUUCUCGCGGAUGCCGAAGCUCAAGAUCCUAGACCUGCAAGACAAUCCCAUAGAAGAUUUUCCUGUGGGGAUUUGCAAUCUGGCACUCCUGCAAUUUCUCACCCUAUCAGGCACUAAAAUCACAUCCCUGCCGAGGGAGCUCGGGGCUUUGGUGAACCUGAGGUACUUGGCAUGUUCAUCAACGACACGCUUGAAAAGGAUCCCUGACCAACUCAUGUCGAGGCUUCAGGAAUUGCGGUGGCUCAAGAUGUGCGACGGCUACAACCAAUGGAGGGCGGCACCAUCGGAAGAAGAGGAAGCUUAUCUGGAAGAGCUGGAAGUCCUGACGAAGUUGAAGGUUCUCGGAAUCGCCAUUAGCACAGAAACUUCCCUUCGGAGACUAUUCGAGUCGCAGAGGCUAACGACGUCCGUGCAUUGGCUUCAAGUAGAGGACUGCCGAGGCCUGACGCGGCUCGACAUUCCGUCGACAGAAUUCCCUCAAGAAAGCAUGCCAAACAUUAUGGAGCUGCGAGUGCACGCAAUGAAUGAACUGGAAGAGUUUGCAAUUCAAGGUACUGCCCUUGCAAAUCUAAUGGAGCUGCACCUCUCCCAUCUUCCAAAGGCUUCCCUUGUCUGCAGGGCCGUUGGGUGCCUUGGAAGUCUUCGAACACUAAGAAUUGAGAACUGUAAGGAGAUAGCUCGACUAAUACAAUUGGACGCCGGGACAAACGAUGGCGAGGAGAUAGCCAUCUUCCCUGCUCUCAAACGUAUAGUGCUCAAGCGGCUGCCAAAAUUUGAGAGUUUUAGUGAUGAGAGUCGAACAUUGACAUUUUCUUCGUUGGAGAGCAUUGAGAUUGAAGAAUGCCCUAAACUAACAAGGAUUAAUCUGUGCUGUGGGAAGCUGAAGAGUGUCAGAAGCGAAAGAGCAUGGUGGGAUGAAUUGGAAUGGGAGGAUGAUUUGACCAAAUUGUCUUUUGAGAACCUCUUCAAACCUCUGUAG